UAGGUAUUCUGCCUCGUAGCUGGUCUCAUUACACUGUACCUGCUGGCAUGACUGUUAUUCAGUGGGUGUCUGACUUCAGUGAACGCAUUAAACAACUACAGAAUAUUUCCCAGGCAGCUGCUUCUGGUGGAGCAAAAGAACUAAAGAAUAUCAAUGUGUGCCUGGGUGGCUUAUUCGUACCUGAGGCUUAUAUUACUGCUACAAGACAAUAUGUGGCUCAAGCAAACAGCUGGUCCCUGGAAGAACUUUGUCUAGAAGUCAAUGUUACAACUACUCAGAAUGCAGUCCUGGAUGCUUGCAGUUUUGGAGUCACAGGUUUGAAGCUUCAGGGAGCUACGUGCAGUAACAAUAAACUGUCCCUGUCAAAUGCUAUAUCAACGAUAUUGCCCAUAACACAGCUUCGCUGGAUCAAGCAGACAAAUGCGGAUAAAAAGGCUAAUGUGGUUACCUUACCAGUUUAUCUGAACUUCACCCGUGCUGAUCUGAUCUUCACUGUUGACUUUGAAAUAGCCACCAAGGAAGAUCCUCGCAGUUUCUAUGAACGUGGUGUUGCAGUCCUCUGCACAGAGUAA